CUGUCACAUUAGGAAUAAGCAGGUGUUGUUUUGUAAUUUGUAUGUUAUGUGUUUACAUUUUAAGGUUAUAAUUUCUGAUACCCCGAAGUCUGAACUUAACCUGUAAUGUAACUAUUAGGUCUAUUACUAAAAGUACGUUUAUAUUAGUAUAUAAAUCUAGAGCUAGGUGUUUCAACUAAAAGUACUCUGUCGCUAGGUGUUUAAGUUUUUUCGAUAUAAUGGUGAAGCGGGACUGUAAAUUAUCGAUUUUUGAAAAUGAAGCAGAGACUAAUAUUAAUGAAAAUGGAAAAAGACCCAUAGAUGAUCCAAAGAAGGAGGGCAAAAAGCGCAUUAAGAACUUAUAUCGCCAGCCAACCGCAAAAGAAUUAAACAGACUCCAGGAAACUGAAAACUUGUUCAAUUCAAAUUUAUUCCGCCUCCAAAUUGACGAGGUUCUUCAAGAGGUGAAGGUUAAAGAGAAAACAGAUAAAAGAUUCAUUGAAUGGUUCACAAAUUUAAAAACACAUUUACUUACAAUAGCCGAUGAUGAACAAGAGUAUAUUUUAAGUGAGAAAACUCUUGCUAAACAUCUAAAAGUAAAACUACCAAUUAGCCCUAAACUUAGUAAGACAAAAGCAAUUUUUAAGUUUUUUAAGUUUCAUGAUAUUGACAUUGUGGGAUCUUAUGCACUCAAUAACUCCAUCAAUUCAAAACUUAUUGUUGAUGUUCUCAUUACAGUGCCAGCAUGCACAUACACAAAGAAUGAUUCAAUCAAUUAUAGGUAUCAUCAAAAAAGAGCUGCAUACCUUGCUUACAUUGCUUCACAUUUGCGGUCUUCUGAUUUAAUUGAAGAUCUUAAAUAUUCAUACUCAGAUAGUAUUUCAAAACCUUUUUUAAUUUUAAAGCCAUCAGGAAAGUUGGGGAAUAGUUUAUCAGUAAAAAUUGACUUAUGUUGUGAAGAAGAUGCAUAUAAAUUACAUAGAUUUAGUCCAUCUAGAAAUAACUUAAGAGAUGCUUGGUAUUUUGGUGGGGAAGAUACCUCUGAUGUUGGUACACCCACUCCAUAUUACAACUGUAGUGUUUUAGCAGAUUUAACAGCAAAAUUAAAUCAUGAAUUUCUAACACAAACUUUGAAGAACUGUGAAAAUCUGAAGCAGGCAAUAGUUUUGCUGAAGAUCUGGGCGAGACAAAGAGGUCUCAGGGUAAAUGGCUACAUUCUAAGUAUGUUGGUCAGUUAUUUAGUGCAGCUGAAAAGAAUCAACAAUAUUAUGAGUAGUUAUCAAAUUGUGAGGAAUGUCUGGAUUUAUCUAAAAACAUCAGACUGGGACACAAACGGUGUCACAUUAAAUAAAUUAGAGGGGUCACCUCAGCUGGAGGAGUUUGCAGGCACAUUUCCAGUAGUAUUUCUUGAUAAAACCGGUUUCUACAAUAUAUGCUGGAACAUGGACAAAGGAACAUACAAUUCAUUGCGAAGAGAAAGUAGUCUAGCAGUUGAUAUGUUGGAUAACCCUAAGUUGAACAGCUUUAUUCCAUUGUUUAUGGUGACUCUUGAUCCACUGAUGCAGUUUGAGUAUAUAUUAAGAUUUAAAAACCUUAAUACUAUAAAGGAGUUGGUGUAUCAAAAAGUUUCCAAAGAGAAUAAACUCAACUAUGGAAUUGAUGACUUAUCUUUGAUUAUAACCUCAUUACACUCGUUGAUGAGUAAAGGGCUUCAAGAUAGAGUACAUCUAAUAUUACCUCUAGUCGAAGCCAACUUCUCAUGGCCUGUCAAAAUGGCAUUGGAUAAAGCUCAGCAUGAUUUUAAGGAGAAAUUGUCGUUUGGUUUUGUAAUGAACCCAGAAAAUGCGUUGAAUCUUGUUGAUCGAGGGCCACCGGCUAAUUUGCCAGAAGCUGAACAAUUUAGAUUAUUUUGGGGCGAUAAGUCCGAACUGCGGCGGUUCCAGGACGCAGAUAUGGCGUAG